AUGCCAAAGAACAACAACAACAACAACAACAGCAGCAGCACACAAGAUGUGUCUUCAACAAAGGAGCGCAUGAGGCCAAGGAAACCAGACUCCUCCAACAAGAUUGAAUUGGAGCAGGUAGAUCACAAAAACGUCGAUUCAACCACACAUGAAGAGUUCAGAGAGGACAUGACUCGCCAGUAUUCUCGAUCCACACAGCCUGGCUCAUUACUGAACGAGCAAGAGAAGCCUCACCUGAAGAGAGCCUUAAAAGCUAGACAUUUGACCAUGAUUUCGCUGGGCGGAACCAUUGGUACAGGCCUGUUUUUAGCCUCAGGUGCUUCCAUUGCUUCUGCUGGUCCUGGUGGUGCUCUCAUUGCCUAUGCCUUGAUUGGUGUGAUGGUCUUUUUCAUGAUGGAAUGUUUGGGUGAAAUGGCCACGUAUUUGCCAAUCUCUGGUAGUUUCAACAAUUACGCUGGUAGAUUCAUCGACCCCGCCUUGGGCUUUGCUCUUGGUUGGAACUAUUGGUACAACUGGGCUGUUACCGUUGCAGUUGAGUUGACUGCUGGAUCCAUGGUCAUGACAUUUUGGCUGCCCAAUUUCCCUAGUGCAGUCUGGUCUGUCGUCUUUUUAGUAUUGAUCCUGUCUCUCAAUUUGUUUUCAGUCAAGGGUUAUGGUGAGGCCGAGUAUUGGUUUGCUUUGAUCAAGGUGUUGGUCGUCAUUGUCUUUAUUAUCCUCGGUAUCCUGGUGGACACUGGUGUUUUGGGUGGCUAUUAUUACGGUGUAGAGACAUUCAGAUAUGGUGGCGUCCAAGGCCUCGGUGUCUUGAGCACCUUUUUAACUGCUGGUUUUUCUUUCCAGGGUACCGAGUUGAUCGGUGUUGCUGCUGGCGAGAGUGAGAAUCCUCGCAAGAAUGUGCCCAAAGCCAUCAAACAAGUCUUUUGGCGUAUUCUUUUGUUUUACAUCCUCGCCAUCUUCAUCAUCGGCUUGAUCAUCCCUUACGAUGACCCUCUCUUGCUCAAGAGCGAUGUCACUGAGAUUAGCGUAUCCCCCUUCACUUUAGUAUUCCAAAAGGCUGGUAUGUCUGCUGCUGCUCAUUUCAUGAAUGCUGUCAUCUUGACCACUGUCUUGUCUGCUGGUAACUCUGGCCUUUAUGCAUCCAGUCGCACACUGUACGAUCUUGCUCUGGAACGUAAGGCCCCUCACAUCUUUACCCGUAUUACAAAGAAUGGUAUUCCCAUCUACUGUGUGCUUUUGACCGCUGCAGUCGGUAUGCUUGCCUUUUUGACAUCUCUCUUUGGCAAUGGUGUCGUGUAUACUUGGUUGUUGUCCAUCUCUGGUAUUGCUGGUUUCAUUGCUUGGCUCGGUAUUGCUGCCUCCCAUUGGAGAUUUCGUCGUGCUUAUGUCGCUCAAGGAAAAGACUUGUCUGAAUUACCUUUCAAAGCUCGUUUGUUUCCUGUGGGUCCCAUCUUUGCAUUCGCUAUUUGUUUGUUUGUCGUCGUAGGUCAAGGCUACGACACUUGGAUGGCUGAUCCUCCUGUGCCUGCUGACAUUAUCAGUUGUUAUAUCGGUGUUCCUGUGGUGCUUAUUCUCUUCUUUGGAUACAAGUUUGUCAAAAAGACAAAGAUGAUUCCUUUGAUGGAAGUUGAUUUAGAUUCUGGACGCGAAGAGAUUAUUGCACAUACUAUUGAGAUGGAGGAUCGCAAGCAGCAUGACCCGUUGGAAGGUGUCAGUAUCUUGAAGCCAACGACCUGGAAGCGUAUUCCCCACAACCUCAAGUCAUGGAGAGAUGCCGUCAACAACUAA